AUGGAUAUGACUUGUGGGUUCAAAGUGAACACUAACUCACCCGAGUGGCACAAGAGCAUGACGAAAAUCCUCAAGAAAAUCAAAGGAGGAAACUUUUGGAUAGACGUGGACGAAGGAAUGGCAUACGUAACGGGUCAAGGAGACCCAAACAAGCUAUUGAAAUUGAUGGCUUCAGGGAGAGGCAAAGACGCUGAAAUGGCCUUUGUGAAAACCGGAAUACACUCUUACUUUGGCCAGACAACGCCUUAUUGGCCGGUUGAUAUGAAUUUGAGCUACCAUCCAUCUUCGUCUCGCAGUUACUACCUUUCAGGGCCGCCGGUGAUGCAACCUUACCAACAUCAAUACCCUUAUCAGGCUGGAUAUGGUUAUAGUUAUUAUUAG